AUGGAGGUUAUAGUAGUCGACGACAGCAGCGACGCGUCUUCCGAGGGCGAGAUGACGCAAAGUUCAGCGUCUUCCACCUCGUUGUCGCCUCUGGCUCCUCAGUGGGAGCGUGCACAAUCAGUUGGCUAUGCAGACGCGGUGGAAGCGGCGUUGGCAAUGGCUGCAGCGCUAGAUACAACUGAGAUGACGACCAAUCGUAGCUCAAUUACAAAGAAGAAAAGAGCGACGUUAGCUCCACCAUUGCUAGCAACAAAGUCCAAAAAGACUUUGAACCAACAGCACAUAGAGAACAUACCAACGAGGGAGCGAGAGAAAAGUUGCAGUCAAAAAUCUACACCAAGACGUAGACGCGGUAUGAGCCAGCGCACCUCAGAAUCCUCGCUUUCCCGUACAAACUUAGACAAAUUUAGCUCAGAUUCUGACUCAGAUUUGAGCUCCAGCAUGAAUGUUGGAUCACGUCGUCACCAUCGCUUCAGCGUUGCUAAAGCUAAACGGCAUAGAUCAAGCAAUCGAACAUCACUUGAUAAAGUAGAAUUGAAAGGCCGAGUGGUGAAUGCUACUAGUUUGAUUGAUCGAUCUCGGAGCGAUGGCUCAAAAAGUUUAGACCAAAACAAACAACAACCAGCGGAGGUCGUUGAUCUUUGGUCCUCUUCUUCUAGUUCCUCAGAGUAUAUACGUGACCGUCAACUCGUGUCGUCGCCAACGUCGUCAGAUACUGACUCGUCGAAACGGACACAAGUGAAUACUGCAAAGCAGCAACUGGCGGUUAAUGGUCGUGCAAAACGUAAAAUUACACCAGUCUCACACGAUUCGAGCAAAGAGAAAUGCCAUCGUCUAAAUUUGUUUGAGCAUACCAAGAAACAGGUGACAAGCGAAAAACUAGCGAGAGUUCAGCACAAACCCGCCUCAGGCGAUAUUCAGCUGAGGUUUGGCAAAGUUUUUGUUGAUAAUAGUGGAGCUUCGAGAAAUCAGAAGAAUAAAACUAGAUUGGUAGACAAGAAGUCUGACAUGAGCAUUGCACGAUCUCAAUCAAAGGCGCGUAAAAAAGCCACGGACGUCUCGGUCCAGUCUUGUCACCCUCAAUCGGUUUCUGUCGACAUCCACUCGUCCGUCACGCCGUCAGCAGUGCCUGCAAUGUCCUCAAAUGUAUCAUCACCAUCACCAAGAAAAAAACGGCGAGUGGCUCCACGUUUUAAUCCAGAUCGCGUGGCACUGACAGAUCUGCAGGCCCAGGAGCACGAAUUAGCAAGAAUCUGCUCCCAGCUCAAGCAAACUCAAAAUAAGUCCCGGGCUCAAAGCUUUGCCGCACAAGAAGCUCAGACGUCCCAAGACGUGAUUAGCAUGAAUGGUCUCUCGGGUGCUAAUAGCGCAGUAUCUGCGAAAGAAUCAACAGAAAGCGAAAAUCAGGAACGGCAGCAGACAAGGAAAAAAGUAGGUAAUUUAGUCACGACCACUUCGCAGCAGUCAAGGGAAAAAGAGGAGAACUUAAUUACGGCCGCUUCGCAGCAGACAAGAAAAAAAGUAGAGAACGAAGUCACGGCCACUUCGAUUUCAGUGUCAGAUGCUUGCAAAGCGAUUAUGCAUCCUACAUCAUAUCGCGGUGUUUACUUUGCUAAAGCCCCUCCGAAUAUCCUUGUACUAUGCGACCCGGCAUUCAGUGCGCCAUUCGAGUCAGAUUGCAACCGUCCGCUUACAUUUUAUGAUGAAACAAAUUCAUUAUCUGCUCAGUGCUCAAUCUUGACAAGCUUUGGCAAAUCGGUUCAAUGUAUCUCAUCGGUGUUUCCAGGUGAUGCGGCGAAGCCACAGGGUGAGACCACCCGCUCCGUAAAUGCCUUGGUGACAGCGCGACUUCCUCUUAUUCGUCAUUGUUAUCGAAGCAAGUUGAAAGCUACUUUGACUGAGGCUCGUGCAAAGGUCAUUGCGUAUCAAGCAGCAUUGAGAAAGUACAAUAAAGCUCAACGUGGUCGUAAUGUGAGUCUGUCUCCGUACCUUCUCCCUCUCUCCUUGGCGGAAAAGGCCGCCAUGAGAAAACUCAAAGCCGUGCAAUUCGCAUCUUGCCAAAGCUUUGGAGAAAUUUCGGUCUUUACUGGACAAGGUAAUGACGUUGUGCGUGAGAAUGCCGAAUCACCAGUUGUCCAGAUCAACCGUCUGAAUGAAAUUCAACCACUUCGAAAGUACACGACGAGCAUCGGUUUGUGCGUCAAUUAUCGUGUAGACGAUAACCCGAUCCAGCGCUACGUCGUAAGUUCGAGUGAAGAUACUGUCGGAAAUGAAAAUGGUAGGUUGAUGAAGAAAUAUAGGCCACGGUAUGAUAAUAUCGCCGAUGAAGAGGUGGCUGAAUAUGUUUUGCGGCUUGUGGUUAAUUGCCUUGGUGCGUCCGAUCAAAUAUUCUAUGCACUUAAGAGUGAACUGGGUUUUGCUCAGGCCUACACAGCGUACAGUGAGCUCAAGAAGCUGCACGACUCAAGACAACACGCAAAACUUAAACUUGAUCGUGUGGAGAAACUUCUUUGCAACGAGAAGCAUGCGCAAAAUACAAAUGUUAGAGCAAUGACUAAAUUGAUGGAGAAGUUGUCGUUCUCGCGCUCUAUGUGCUCGUUGAAUUGGCGCUUACACUCACCAAUCUGCAACUUUGAGUCAAACAUUGCUGACAAUCUUGUGGAUGGUGCCACGUUUAAUGUUGCCGGACUGGGUUUGCGCAUCGCAGACUCAUAUAAGGGACUAGUGGAUGUAUUCCAUGACUCGUUUUGUCGAGUGUGCUAUAUGUACGCAUGCCACGAACAUGGUAAUGAUCACCCACUGCCUGCCAGGCGUGUAGAUCCAAUCUAUCCCCGAGUAAACUCGACAACUCAAUUCGUUGCACCUUCCGAUUGCAAAGAUGGAGUUGUGCCGGGUAAAAAUGUGAUUUGGCUUGACGGUGAAGAGGAUGAGGAAAUGCCUGAAUGCGAAAGUGUUGUUUACGACCUUUCUGAAGAGGUUGAUGCAUCAAAUAAGAGGAAUGGGGAAGUGAUUAACUUGGAUAGUGACGAUGACAUGAAUAGUAGAUGUCGGUCUAAGCAAUCACAACGACAUAAGCGUACACUGAUGGUGGACCCGUCCGAAUAUGUUGAUGCAACGCAUGUCCCACUCGUGGCAGCGAAGAUGCACUUGUUUUUGUCCGCGACGAAAAAAUGUAGCUCGAUGUGCUGCAAGAAAGAAAAACCAUCAGGAAAAAGUGUCCAGGAAUAUGUAAUGUCGGCAGCAGAGCUGAGUUUGAUUCGGAAGCUUCGAGAGACGAUGGGUGAUAACUCUUGCUUGCUGUCAGCCAUUCUUGAUUCAGCAUCUUGUAACGAUAUACACGAGUUAAUCGAGAACGAGCAGACUAGUGAUAAAGCUCUAAGUGUGACUGACAGAGUCAGUAGAUCAGGCCGUGGGCGCAGCUGGACGCAGAGACAAAGAAUUGGAGAAAGUAAUCACGAGCUGCUCCAACGGACACGAAAUCAACGCUUGCAAGAUAGAGGGACGGAAAGUCAUGAGUACCAGCCGUGCGCACACACCGGCAUGUGCAACACGUCUGGCUGCUCGUGCAUGAAGCGUGACCACAUGUGUGAGAAAGCCUGUGCAUGCUCACGCGAUUGCCCGAAUAGAUUUGAAGGCUGUUCGUGUUCACCUGGUGAAUGUCGUACGAGUAAAUGUCCGUGUUUUGCAGCUCAGCGCGAGUGUGAUCCUGACGUCUGUAUCGAAUGUGGUGCGAGUGACGUGGCAGUGUCAAAAUUACUUGAUCAAGUCAGGUAUGAGAAUUCUCUGUGUGGUAAUGUUAAUGUGAUGCAUGGUCAGCACAAACGGCUAAGUUUGGGAAUUUCUACAAUUCAUGGCUACGGUAUAUUUGCUCGUGAAGCCAUCGCAUCAGCCGAGUUUGUGUACGAAUACACUGGUGCUAUGCUGUCGCAAGAUGAAGCAGAGCGUCGUGGGAUGAUUUAUGACAAGAUGGAAAUGAGUUAUUUGUUUGAUUUAAAUGAGGAUGCUGUACUAGAUGCACUUCGUUGUGGAAACAAAAGCAAGUUUAUUAACCAUUCUAGUGAUAAACCUAAUUGUACAGCGAAGGUGGUAAGUGUCUGUGGUGUACAUCACAUCACUAUAUGGGCGUUGCGAGACAUUAAAGUGGGCGAAGAGCUGCUUUUCGAUUACGGCUAUAAGCGAAGUGUAGGUCCAGACUGGAGUCAGCGUCGAGCUGAGUCAAAUGAUUCCAAUUAA